AUGGCUACAUCAACUUCAUUUGCUUGCGGGCACCCAGCCCUCUGCCAAAGCUUCCCAAAGGUCAUGGAAGCCAUCAGAGAGACCAACAUCUUCCACGACCUCCAGACAGGUAACAAAGCCCUCCACUUCCCCACCGUCACAUGCCCAGAGUGCCGUCUAGAGCACGACGAGACCUCCGACGUCCAGCUCGCCAUAGCCAUCCGCAGCUUCCGUCUGCGCUCAGCAAAGCACAUGGCCGAGAUGCUGUACCUCUUCACCGAGCUGGCGGACGAGGUCCACUCGUCAGACAGCGUCGAAGACGACAAGAAACUCUGCAGUCGUAUCUAUGACUGGGUCCAUGUCAUUUGCCCGCUCAUGACUAGGAACCAGUACGACGGCCGACCUGCCAUUGAAAAGUCGGGCACCUCGAGCCAGGGGCUUCAAAGCAAAGUCGACCCUAUCAGCGCCAGGCUGAGGGCCGGAUGCGACGUGUUUCUCACACCGGGCGUCUUGCAGCUCGAGCAGGACGAUACUCCUCGGGAUCUGUUGGACCCGGUCAGGCUGGCGAUUAUUGAAUCUCUAAAGACAGGCCUAGAACGGAGGCUUGACAGGGCUUACCGCCUCUUGGGCGAGAUUGAUAUUGAGAUGGUCCGUAUCCGAGGGUUUGGGGCCGUUGACGGCGACGACGACGCUGUGGACAGACAGAGGCGAGUGGUUCGUGCGACUGCGGCUCUUGUAUCUAAGUUCUGGGCUGCUUGUCAGACUGUCCGCAGUCAGACGCUGGUCUUGCAACACUUUCGGGGAGACUGA